CGCGAUGGAGGUUGAUGCAUGGCUUCAGCACACUCGAGUGAGGAAUGUGUGGCCGUUGCGCUCACUUCCGCUGCCAGAUAGUCCUUUUGACAUUGGAGGCGGUCCUUGUGCCAAAGCGGCGUCAAGAGUCGUAUCGAUGGAACUCGUGGAGAUCGUCGGGAACUUCUGGGGCGAAAACGCACACGCACCUCGCCGCGUUUACGUGCACUUUUACGACUUGUGGGCCGACCAUGUGCAGCAUUUUGUGCAGCAUUUCAUGGUCGGUUUGUCGGGGCGUGGUGUGAUUCAAUUGGAGGCCGAGUCCGAGUCGUUGGGCGACCUCGACGCUGAUUCUCCACAAAUCGUAGUGGCAGACCGCAGUCUACUCGAUCACUGUGACCUCACAGGCCAAUGGACAAGUGACGCCAUGGAGAUUGAGCUGAAAUAUCGAGCUGCCACUCGAGAAAACAGCUCUCGUCCUAUCGUUUACGGUCCGGUGCAAGUGCUGACCUCGACAACCAUCGCUGCCGCAGCUAUGCCAACGGCAGCUCAAAAAAAGAAACCCAACGAACGAGGGCUGCGGGGAGUUGGCGAGAGCAAGAUCGUGUUUUACUCCAGCCUCGUCAACAUUUCAAGCCAAGGCAACAUAUAUGGGGUCGUCACGUCAUACACCAAACCAAAAUUGAGUGGCAGCGGUCGCCGCGACUAUGUGAUGACAGUGUCACUCAUCGACGAAAGCCGGCCACUAAGGCAACAAGCUUAUUACGUGAACGUAUUUGCUGCAACUGUGGAGAUGCUACCCAAGAUCGUGUUCAUCGGAGAUAUCCUUCGGGUACACAAGUUGGUGCUGAACAAGUACGAAGACCACGAUGUUGGAACGAGGUUCGGUUUGAUAAUCGCAAAGAUUUGCUCGCCAAUUCUCCAUGCGUGCUGUAGUUCGUCCACAGUUUCGACCAACGUCGUCAUUCGCGCUGGUGCCGACGACUCACUCACAGUGUUGCACUCCCAAGCAACGUGCACCUUCACUUCCAGCGAUUACGACCGAUGCCAGGCGCUCAUCAAAUGGUCCAGGGAGACGCUUGCCACCGACACAACGCUUCCCCCUCGAAACACGAGAGGGUACAUUCACUUGGCAAACUGCAAAAGUUUGGUGACGGGGGAUGUCGUGGAUGUCGUUGCGAAAGUGGUCAAGAUGUCCCAGGACGACGCAACUUUCGAUUCCGGACUGUUGAGCGUGAGUGACGGCUAUGACGAUGAGACCUGUAUUCCCCUUCGCGUCCACGAAGAGUGGAGUAUGCUGACGUCGCUUGGACUGCUUCCGGCAGUCGAGUCGCACUGGUGCAAAUUUCGAGCUGUUGAACUCGAGCUACAGGACGACGGUGCCACGAUGACGCUCCACUUUCGAGCGAAAUCAAGUCUUGAGAUCCUGCCAGACAACAUCUACGAAGUGCGCCAUGCGUUGGAGAGAUCGGACCCGCUGAAGGCAAAGAGGUCGACCACAGGAGUCCAGCCAAUGUCAGCACUGUGCCCAGCAAUGUCCUUGGUGGAGCUCUUGCUGUUGCAGCCACCUCAACUCGCGCAGUGCACAGCGCAGGUGAUCGAUGUGUGGGUAUCCGAUGCACCACACUCCAUGCCAACAAGCACUGCACUGGGGUACACCUGCGUGUUGCGGCUGCAGGAUUCGACUGCCAGCAUCGAUGCAAUUUUACACGGUAACAAUGCGCAAACCUUUUUUGGCACGCUGGCCGCGUCGGAUCAUGCAAUGGUGUCCAAGGCGCAUCUGACCAAACGACUGACGGCUCUCACGCACUACAACACCAUUCACAAGUGGUGUCUGUGCACCUAUCUUGUGGGUGACUCUGAGCUGCGCGUCGCCGUCGUAAACACGGUUUGGCAGGAAUCAUCUUAGAGUCGUAUUUUAGUCGUGAAACUCGAAGGAUCUUCUUUUGUUGGCAA